AUUCCUACGAUAGGCUCUGCCCCCGAACUUUUCUCCUCAGAUAGAGAGAGAAGGGAAGAGCGAUGAGGAGCGGGAAGAGAAGCGAUUACUCGCCAGAGGAGAUGCCGAGCUUUGCUCAGAUUCCGACGAGCUUCGGCCACGAGCUCCGGGCUUGCCUUCGCUGCCGUCUCGUCAAGACCUACGAUCAGUUCAGAGAGUCAGGCUGUGAAAACUGCCCCUUUUUGGAGAUGGACAAGGAGCAUGACAAUGUCGUAAAUUGCACCACUCCCAAUUUUACCGGGAUAAUUUCAGUCAUGGAUCCAAGUAGAAGCUGGGCUGCUCGCUGGUUGAGAAUUGGAAGGUUUAUCCCUGGGUGUUACACUCUGGCAGUCUCUGAGGAGCUUCCAGAAGAAUACCAGACUGUUUGUGCGGAUAACAACGUGCAGUAUGUGCCUCCAAAGCGUGCUUAGAUGGUCAAGUGCGCCUGUCUCUUACAGCGUGGUUGCUAAUCUGCUUUCUACUUUGUACCGAGUAUAGAAAUGAGCCUUUCACUGGAUGGUAUCUAAUUUUCUUCAACAACUUUUUGGGUUUUUGGAAUCAGGAUUUCCAAGUCAUUCAGAUGUGGCACCAAACAAGACUGGAUGAUGUAUCCAAUCUUAUAUUUACUCAAACAACUUUGUAAUGGCUUUGAAGACAGUUCAAUUUUUUCGUAGAAGCAUAGCGUGGCAAUUAACUUUCUGCCUCAAGGAUUUAGUAUCAUAACUUAAAUAGUCUGAAUGUUGGAAGUAUCCAUAUCUGUAAAUUCAACUGUAAUUGACUACUAUUUUUUUUCAAUUGCCUUAUUGGCCUAUUAGUUCUUUGCA